GGCUGGACAUAUGUGCCUGGUCUCGUUACGCAUCCUUGCCUGCGGUCUGCGAAUCAAGCACUGAUUGCCAUGGCUGGAGCAUCCUCCAACAUCAAGGAAGAGAUGGAGUUGACUAUGAAGGAAGACCUGGACUCUGGAAACCAUGGGCCAAGCCAGGAGCAGCUGCUGAUGGCAGAAAUGAUGGAGCGUGGGAUCCGCUCCCUGGGCUUUGGUCAGCGCAAGCAGAAAGCAGAUCCAAAGCCUUCUGGCUCUGCUAGUCCACUAGCUUGGAGUCCAGCUCCCCCCCGGAACAAGAAAACGGGACCCCCGUUCAGGGUGCCGAGGGAAACAAGCCAUGGCGAUGUCCCGCCCCCCCUGGAUUUUACUGGGGCCUUCCAAGGCUUGAAGUUCCGUCAUGAGCGCAAUCCGGACUUAGACAUGCUUGCAGAGAUUGGCCUGGAAGAGCUGAAUGGACUGGAGAUGGAGGUCAUGAGAAGACAGAUGAGUGUCAUCACUGAGCGCCUGCGUGCUCUGGAGGACCAGGGAGCUACCUGGCACUACCGUGAGACCAUCUUCUUCACCAUAGUGGUGUCCGCUUGUCUCGCCAACCUGUGGCUGUGGAUGCGCCAUUGAGACUGCCACCCAUGCAUAGCCUCGCUCCCCCUGCUGCCCAGGGCCUGGGACCACACUUGCAAACCUCCUGCUCUCCACCUGCAACUCCAGGCACUGCCUAGGCCAUCUGCCAACCCCGUAUGCCCCUUCUCCCCUUCCUUGUCGCAGGCUUAGCACACACUCAAUAAAGUCUAAUGAAAGCAGCA